GGGGGAAGACGCUGUGCAAAGGCAAAUGUUUUAAGUUUCUAGCUCUUUGGAGACUGCAUUUGUGCAGACCCGAAACGCGCCGCCAGUCCCGCAGCUCCCCUCGGGAAAGCCUCGACCACGCGCCUGCCCGGCACAGGUAGGUUGCCCCCCUGGGAAACAGGCGCAGGCGCCCCCGGGCCCGAAAGGGACGUCCGCUCUCGCUUCACUUCCGCCCUUACCCUGCAGGAAGGGGCGGGCCUCGGAGGCGGGGCCUUCCAGGGAGCAACAUGGCGGCGGCAUUGAGGAGCGUGAAGGGGAUGGUCGGCUUGGUGACCGGCGGAGCUUCUGGGCUGGGCCGUGCCACGGCCGAGCGGCUGGUACAACAGGGAGGCAGUGCCGUGCUAGUGGAUCUGCCGAAGUCCGACGGGGAGACAGUGGCCAGAUCUCUGGGGGAACGCUGUGCCUUUGCUCCAGCAGAUGUUACAUCCGAGUCAGAUGUGAAGGCUGCUUUAGCUCUGGCAUGUGAGAAGUUUGGGCGCGUGGAUAUAGCAGUGAAUUGUGCUGGUGUUGCAGUGGCUGUCAAGACCUAUAACAUAAAGAAGGGUCUCCCUCACAACUUGGAGGACUUCCAGAGAGUUAUCAAUGUGAACAUCGCUGGAACAUUCAAUGUAAUUCGUCUGGCAGCCGGUGCGAUGGGGCGGAAUGAGCCUGACACCGACGGACACAGAGGGGUGAUUGUCAACACAGCCAGUGUGGCAGCCUUUGAAGGACAGGUCGGCCAGGCUGCCUACUCUGCUUCCAAAGGAGGCAUCGUGGGAAUGACUCUGCCCAUUGCUCGGGAUUUGGCCCCCAUGGGGAUCCGAGUUGUUACCAUUGCACCAGGCCUGUUUGCAACACCGCUGCUGGCAUCACUUCCUGAAAAAGUACGGACGUUCUUGGCACGGCAGGUGCCCUUCCCGAGUCGCCUGGGUGCCCCGGAGGAAUAUGCUCAUCUGGUGCAGUGCAUAGUGGAAAAUCCCAUGCUCAAUGGCGAAGUGAUCCGACUUGAUGGUGGUAUUCGAAUGCAGCCCUGAGCCGCAGCCCUGGCCUGGAGAAGCAGGAAGGGGCCUGCCCUAUCCUCCUGUUCCCCUGGAGGUUAUCUUCUGUCCAGGGGACUGUAACAGCAGGACUUUGAACCUGCUGGCGGUUAUGACUGCAUGUGCAGUUUUCCUCUUGCUGGAAGAGGGGCCAGCAAAGCAAAUGAUCAACAGAUAGAACUUCUAAGAAAUGAAUGAUUGUUAAUCACCUUUCUGCUUGCUGUAGGAGUUCUCCUCUCUAGGGUGCGUAUAGGGGGGGGCAGUUGAGGAAGCUCCACCUUCCUUGCUUCUGCCACACACACACACACACACACACACACACCCAUUUAGCCUUCCUCCACAUUUCCAAGAUCUUGCAAUCUAGUAGUAGUACCUCUUUCUGCAUUCUCAUUGGGAGGGCUUGGUACAGACUGUAUCGCCUCAAGGAAUCAAGAACCUCAAAUUUUACCAGAAUAAAUGUAAAUUAAGCUC